GAAAGACGACUGUUUUGGUUUUAUGUGUCUUCUGUCAGCAUCCUUCGUAUUUCGUUACUCUACUUUCAAUUGAAAUGCAGCGAUUUUCUUACAAACCUCUUGACCCACUCGUAGACGGAAUUCGACUUCUGCAUCUAUUGCCUGGCAAUUGUACCCAGCAACCGCGUUGCUUUCUUAAGCAUGCAAUAUUCGGGGAACGUCCAAAGUACAAUGCUGUUUCCUAUACCUGGGGCAAGGAAGCUGACCAAAUACCCAUCGUUAUUGAUGGCCAAUAUUUUCUUGUAACGGAAAAUUUGUACAAGGCACUGAUGUGCUUGCAGCAGCAAAGUGCUACAGAAUAUGUCCUAUGGGUCGAUGCUAUAUGUAUAAAUCAAGACGACAUUGCGGAACGGAAUCGUCAAUUGACUAUCAUGCCUUAUAUCUAUGAGCGCGCGAAGCUUGUGGUAAUUUGGUUAAAAAACGAUGAGCAAAUAUCACCACCAAUUUGGCCAGACCCAGAUAAGAUAUCUCCGUUUGAGAUAUCAGGACAUACUCAACAAUAUAAAGACCAACGAUCAUUAUUCAACUACUUAAUGAUCGUAUGCUCAAAUGAAUAUUGGAGGCGACUUUGGAUUAUCCAAGAGAUUGGAAAAGCUCGAAAACUCAUCAUCUUCUUUGGACAAGAACUGAUAGAUUGGCAACGAUUUGUGGAAACCAUCACUCUUGACUGGCCAUACCCUGCAUGGAUCACGCCCGAAAUAAUGGAAGAAAACGCAUUAUCUCAGAUGGUUCCAUGGAAUCUGUAUUAUCAAUUACGAAACAAAUAUGAUGGUGGUCAUAAGCUGCAAAACCUCAUGGCAAAUCAUCGUCAGGCUUUGUGUAAAGAGCCAAGAGAUAAAGUGUAUGGAUUGGUUGGUUUGGCUACGGAUUGCUAUGCUGGAUUCCCUAUGGAUUAUCGAAAAUCCCUCUACGAAGUCUGGAAGGAUACAGUAAUCUUUAGAAAUUGUGAUACUCGAGUUCAUCAGAGUGAUAUUUUGAAGUUUGGUAAACUAGUUCGGGACUCUCUUGGCGGCCCUAACAUCACGACAAUAGACGAAAUUGCGGAUGAUGUCUUUUUGAAAAUACCUAAGAAGUCAAACCUUGAACCAUAUUUCAAAAUUAGCAACCCUACAGUGUUGAAAGUUCCAGCUCGUUUGGUGGGACGUAUUGUACAUCUGGGACCUUCGUAUGUACAAAUCAUGACGGAACUUUCAAAAACUGCAGAAUGGAGAUUGAGUAUUCAGAAUCAUUUGCCAGACAGACUUCAGCCCAGCGUUCAGGAAGAGAGUGACAUCUUCUUGGAAUUGCUAGAAGAUUUGGAUGAGACUGGCCUCAAAAUCGUGUCGACAUGUGGUUCCGAUGUUUCUUGGCCUUGUGAAUAUUUUCCAGGAGAUAUUUCCUUACCUUUCAAUAAACUUGACAAGAGAGAUAUAGAGAAUAUGCCUCCGAUGCGCGACUUGACUUUUGAUACAUCGUCAGAAAGGUCUGAAAUUUUUCCUGCGUUGCCAGUAAAAGGAGCUCGUUUAUUCCUCUUGGACAAAUCUUUUGAAAAUCUUCCAGUUUCAAAUGAUGCAGCUUCAAACAUGGGCCUCGGACCGUCAGCAGCUCGUGUAGGUGACUACCUGUGUGAGAUUGAUGGAAUUAAAAAGGCAGCAGUCAUAAGGAGAACGAAAACUAAAUUGAGCUUCAUUGGAACUGCUGGCUUAGCACAAAAACCACAACAUGCACGCAAAAGUAGAAAUUCUACACUCGGCGAAACCUCUUCGCCAUUUGGCCUGCCGGAAUUCGAAAAUCUGACGUUGGAACAAACGGUAGAUUUGUAUCUUUAUGUACCGUUGGCAUACCAACUCUUGGAUUAGCUUAGUCUUUUCCCUAUCUGCUCAUAAUGCCUCCAGUUUAGAGCUUCUUUAAGAAUACAAAUGACAUUGGACAACCAAAGGAUUGGGAUAACCUUACAGCUCAUCCCGGAAGUGACAUGACCAUGACAAUGCGUCGUGUAAAUGUUGUCAAAACAAGCCAAACAAACAAACAAACUGAUCGAAGCUAGAAUAUAUAGAAUAAAUCUUGAAGCUUACUUCACGAUCUCCUUUGCAAUAUUUGUCCAUCUUCGGUAGUCGUGAACAUGACGGCCCGCAAAAUCUCCACAUUUAGCCGAUGUAUCGAAAUACUUGUCAAACUUCGAGAAACCCAAACCCGAGAGCACGAAUGUGAAAAGAAGAAGAAGAAGAAGAAGAAAAGCUAAGGAGCCAAAUGGAAUUAAAAUAAAAAAAAGACUACUUCUAGUGAGCUAAAAGCGCCAGGUCGGUGGUUCGAGCCCACCUACAAAUGAUAAUGGAUAGAUACCCCACAUUCAAGCCACCAAACCACCUUUUUUUAUAUUCGAAAAUCAAAAAGACAAACCACCUCAACAUUCCAGAAUCCCUUUCAUCAAAAAAUGUGUUCAAAAAUGAAACUGAAUUGCUGUUUCUCCCUCGGGUGGGCUCGAACCACCAACCUCUCGAUCACGUGAUCAGAGACUAGUCAUGAAUAACAGUCGAACGCGCUAGCCA